AUGUCCGUUACCCUUAAUAAUAAGUUUUGGAUUCGCGAAUUUAAUUGCUCAUGCAAUUUUGUCGACGGUCAAUGCUGGAGACCUUUAAAAUAUUCAAAGCCUUUAUUAUGUGCCCACAAAUCAAUUGAUAAUAUUGAAGAUUUCCUUGAAUUGCCUAAUUAUGAUUAUGAGCUUGAGAAUGUUGAAAAUUAUUUAGACAAUUAUUACUUUUACAAUGAGAUUAUUUUCUAUUUUUGGAUUAUAUUAGGAAUUUUGUUUACAAUUUUAUUUGUUCAGGCAAUUUAUUUAAAUAAUAUAUUUAAUAGUAUUUGUUUUUAUUGUAAAUUUUCAGUUGAUUUAUUUGUUUAUGUUAUGUUUUUGCAAAAAACAAGGAACUCGUGGCGACAAUGGUAA